AUGGAGAAGUUUGCCGCCCGGUACUGUGCCUGCAAUCCGAAUAAUGGUCUCUUUGCUUCUGCGGAUACGGCUUACGUGUUAGCCUUCUCUAUCAUCCUCUUGACGACCGAUCUGCACAGCGCUCAGAUCAAACAACAUCAUCGUAUGUCUAAGGAUGAUUAUAUUCGCAUGAAUCGAGGUAUCAAUGAUAGCCAAGAUUUACCGGAGUCCUAUCUGGCCCAAAUUUACGACGAGAUUGCUCAAUGCGGAAUUAAGCUUCGCUCGGAUGACGCCAUUUCUAAACUCGCCGGAUCUCGUCCCCCUGAUUCGGGAGCUGAUGAGACUGGACGAGCUUCAAAUGCCGGUGGUAAAGAUUCCGGCUUACAUGGUCAGGAUGACAUUAUUGGAGCGAUUGACUACUCCGACUCGGACUUCACAAGCGCCACUCAUUGCGAGCAUGUGAGACCAAUGUUCAAGCUUGCCUGGACCCCGUUCUUGGCCGCGUUUAGUGUCGGUCUACAGGACUGUGAUGCUCUGGAUGUGGCCCAUCUAUGUCUUGAAGGGAUAAGGUAUUCCAUACGCAUUGCUUGUAUCUUCCACAUGGAAAUGGAACGUGAUGCCUAUGUUCAGGCCCUGGCCCGUUUCACCUUAUUGCUGACUGCUUCGGCUGGUAGUCAUCCGUCCGGUAGCUCGAUGGCAACUGGAUCCGUUACGACCAGUACUGCAUCGCAUAAGCGUUCACGAACCGAAACGAUUACGUCGACCACAUCUGUAUCAUCCGGCGCUAGUGGCACUGGUUUAAGCGGCAGCGCUACAGAUGGAAACUACUUGGGUCAUGCAUGGGUUGAGAUUCUUCGAUGUAUUUCUCAACUGGAAUCCGCUCAUUUGAUUGCUCAACCAAACCAAAAUGCUCUAACGGGCUCCUCUACAUCUAGUCUGCUUACUCGGGCCGCAUCUUUUGCUGGAAAUCCGUCAGCACAUUCAAAUCCCGGCAGUUUCUUAACCAGCGGGUCCGCAAGACGUCCGGUUUCACACAUGCCACCCACCCAGUCAUCUAAUAUCUCGUCUGAACCUAUGGCCCCUGGCAGUCUCGCUGCAGCUUCAGUGGAUCCAAAAAAGGCUGCCAUCUUACAAGAAGUGAUGGGUGAAACUGGAUCGCAUAGUGUGGUUGUAGCGGUUGACAAAAUAUUCACCGGUUCGGUUCGCUUAAAUGGAGAGGCCAUUGUUGAUUUCGUCAAAGCUCUUUGUCAAGUAAGUCGUGAAGAGCUGACGCUACCACAACCUAGGACCUUCACACUGCAGAAGGUUGUGGAAAUCUCCUAUUACAACAUGGGUCGUAUCCGGUUACAAUGGUCUCGUGUGUGGGAACAUAUCGGUGGUCAUUUCACCGCAGCCGGUCAGUCCUCCAAUGAAGAUGUGGCCGAAUUCGUGGUCGAUUCGUUGCGUCAGUUGUCUGUCAAGUUAAUUGAGAAAGGCGAGCUGCCGAAUUUCCACUUCCAAAAAGAGUUUCUACGACCAUUCGUGAGCAUCCUGGACAAUGGGACAGUACUUACCCGAAAGAUCCAGGAUAUGGUGAUUCGAUGUGUGUGCCAACUGGUGCACUCGCAGUACGCAAAUAUUCGAUCUGGUUGGACGAAUAUCUUCGCUGCUUUUCAUCGCGUAGCCGGUUCAGCUGAUGAGGCUGUGGUGGAUCUGGCUUUCGAGACGUGUGGAUUCACGGUGAACGAAGUGUUGAAAAAUCACGUACACGUGUUGCUAGAUGCGUUCCAGCCUUUGGUGAAGCUACUGGCGGACUUUGCCUGCAAUCCUCAUUACCCAGAUAUGGCUAUGGAAAGUAUUCGUCUCAUGCGAACCUGCGCAGAAGUAGUCUCCACAAAUGGGGCUCUAUUCACCACUGCCUCCCUCUCUCCCACACCAGACGGGAAUAUCGUUGGAACAUCAAACCCGAUGCUGGCUGCGACAGUUGUGAAUAACGCAGUACAAUCAUUUGGCUCGCCGCCUCCACCAUCGAAUCAACCGCGUAUCUCUGACGAAGAUCAUAUCUGGCUUCGUGGUUGGAUGCCGGUUUUAUGUGAACUGUUUCGUGUGAUUAACAGUUGUAAGCUGGAUGUCCGUACCCGAGGUCUCACCGUUUUUUUCGAUAUUAUCAAGACAUACGGUGCUCAGUUCAAACCACUGUGGUGGCGGGAAACGUUCACGGUCAUUUUCCGCGUGUUUCAUCACUUCCGUUCGCCGUCAUUCAGUUCGACAGGGGAUAGUGUCGCAGAACUCGGGUCGGGACUUUCUUCCCUUGAACGAACUGAAUGGAUGAACACAACGUGCAAUCACACGUUGUUUUCCAUCGUGGAUGUAUUUGCCCAGUUCUACGAGCCGUUGCAUGUGAUACUGUUGGGUACGUUUUCUGUAUCACAUGUACGAUGCAAAGCGGUGAAUCAAAUUUAUGCAGCAUAUUGA